AUGCGCGUUGGCAGAGGCGGAAUUGAGAGAAUUCUCUCGUUGUGGACGGAGGCAACUUGGGGAGAAGCUCCAACCGGUCGUAUUCGCCAAUGGCGACGACGCUCCAGGACGAGGGAGCCAGAAGUCGAAUUGGAUGGUGGAAGAGCAGUGGAAGUGCUAGAGCAGAGACAGGUAAUCCGCGACCGUCAAACGAGAGACUAUGGGGAAUCGAGGGGUCAUGGUCGUGGUGGGCGAAGAAUGGCAAAGGAGGAGAAAUAA